AUGGUUGAUAAUAUUGUUCAUAUUGAACAAGAUCGUGUUACAAACACCGUAUCAAAUGAUUAUCCAGAUACAAGUAUUUCAAAUGCUUUCAGAAGAAUAAUGAUUUCAGAAGUUCCAUCAGUUGCCGCUGAACAAGUUUAUAUUUUUAAUAAUACUUCAGUUAUUCAAGAUGAAGUUUUAGCACAUCGUAUUGGAUUAAUCCCAUUAAAAAUUGAUCCUGAUUUAUUAAAUUGGGUUGAUAAUUCAGUUGAUGAAUCUGAUAAAUUCACUGAUGCUAAUACUGUUGUUAUGACAUUAGAUGUUUCAUGUACCAAGAAUCCGAAUGCACCAAAAAAUUCAACUGAUCCUAAAGAAUUAUAUAGAAAUAGUUCUAUAUAUGCUCGUGAUUUAAAAUUUGAACCACAGGGGAAUCAAUUAGAAAAUUUUAAAAAUCCAAUUGAACCAGCAGAUCCAGAUAUUUUAUUAGCAAAAUUAAGACCAGGACAAGAAAUUUCCCUUAGAAUUCAUUGUGUCUUGGGUAUUGGGUCAGAUCAUGCAAAAUUUUCACCAGUAUCAACAGCAUCAUAUAGAUUAUUACCAACAAUUGAUAUUAUAGAACCAAUCCGUGGUGAUGAUGCUAAAAAAUUUCAAAAAUGUUUCCCAACUGGUGUUAUUGGUAUAAACAAUGGUGAAGCAUUUGUUAAAGAUUCAAGAAGAGAUACAGUAUCAAGAGAAGUCUUGAGACAUGAAGAAUUUAAUGGGAAAGUUAAAUUAGGUAGAAAAAGAAAUCAUUUUAUAUUUAAUGUUGAAAGUACUGGUGCAAUGUCACCUGAAGAAAUUUUUUUUAAGAGUGUUCGUAUUUUGAAAAAUAAAGCUGAAUAUUUACGUAAUUGUCCAAUAGGUCGUUAA